UGCUUGGAGGUUUCCAAUUCAUCCACAAGAAUUCCGUUUGGUAGCAAAGGAGUGAACUCCCCAAUCCUUCCUUCCGCAAUUAACCCACCACUGGCUGCGUGAUGGCUGCAUCCGAGAGCGAGGGGAGCUAGGUGCCUAACUACCAUUGAGGAUCUGAGCCUAGAGGGCCCAAGUGAGAUGGGAACUCAGUGAUGCUAGGUGCUUUACCAGGGCUCACCCCACUGGCGCCUCCUGCUGGUCAUCUUGGGGAUUAGCUCUGCAGGUCAGUACGCCUACUCCCAGUGGUGCCUCACUCAGUGUCCCUUCUGUUCCUGGACUCUCAUCACUCCAAGGACCGCGGUGUUCUCGUCACAACCCAGCCCUCUGAAUGUGUCAUGAUCUGCGCUCCCCCCUUCCAGGGGUGAGUGCUGCAGUCUAACUGUCCCACCACUUCCCCAGUGGGGACUACAGGCAAUUGUCCGGCCACUUCCCCAUGACCCCAGCACCCUCUUUGCCCUUGCCUCAGGGCUUCAGCCUGCAAAUCCCAGCAGCCAGCCAGGAGCUCUUCUCUGGUCCCUGCACUGCUCAGUCCAGGGUGCAGGCUUCCUUCUGCCUGCCAGAUACCCAGUCCUCCCUUCUUAAGCUCUAGGAAGUAACUGACCCUCUUCUGCCCUGCGGCUCUUCUUAUAUGGGCCUGCUGGGCCUUGAUUGGCUGUUCCUCACAGCCUCUCUCCUAUUGGCUGCUUCCUGAGCAGCCUCUCCUGGGCCCUAUUAACUCCUUGCAUGCCAGUGUGGGUAGACACCUAAUCACAGUGCUGUAGAAACACAUCAAUUCAUAGAUUCCAAGACCAGAAGAGAGAACUGUGAUCAUCUGGUCUGCCCAUGUACCACAUAACAAAGGCCAUGUGACUUCCCCACAAUAAUUCCUGUUCGAAUAUGGAAAGAUAUGGACUCAAUAGACCAGUUAGACAAAAAGUGCGGGGAGGGAAAGGAACCAUCAUCAUCCCCAUUUUACAGAUGGGGAAACUGAGGCACAGGGAGAUCGAGAGAUUUGCCCCAAGUCACACAAGGAGUUUGCAACACUGAGGCACCUAAUUUUCAUAUUAAUUAGUUAUUAUUGACUCACAAUCCAUUUAUAGCAUUUCUGUGAACGUGUUUCUCCAGAAUAACUGCACACAGCUGUCUUGCGUGUGCGUUUUUAUCUCUUCUGAUAGAUGCCUAGCAACUGUUGCUUGUUCGUUUGCGCUCACCAGCAACAGAAACUUGCAGCUGAUCAACUCUGUCCUUCCCAUGCAUUCCCAGGGAGAAGGCAGCAUUUCCUUGGGCUGCAUUUUCUCCUUCAGCAGCACACACUGUUCAGCCUUAGCUGGAACAACAGAGCUCUUCCCUGGCGGCUCUGGGGUUCUCAAAAAUUACGAUUUGCCUUCUGGCUGAUUAAGCAGAUCAACAGCGAAAACUACGAGGGGCUCCGCUGGGUAGACAGGGACCACACUCAGUUUCGCAUCCCCUGGAAACACACUUCCAGGAAGGAUAUCAACCCUAACGAUUACAAGAUUUUCAAGGCCUGGGCCAUAACCAGCGGAAAGUACAACGAAAAGCUGAAAGAUCUAGCCAAGUGGAAAACCAACUUCCGCUGUGCCAUGAGAAGCACAAACAUGUUCCUGAUGGUGCAGGAUAACUCAAAGACCUCUGAGGACCCUCACAAAGUGUAUCAAUACAUCAGCCCAAGCCCCGAUGCUGUGGCAGCUGCUAAUGCCCCGACUACUAAAAACAAUAACCUGCGUGCCAGUAAAGAGGACAUCAGCCCCCAUUCUGAAGAAGCCCCUCAUCUGCACCACCAUAUGCCACAGCAACUGCAGCCGCAGAUAGAAUUAGAUUUGGAGAUGUUGUCACUGGAAAACCCUCCCCAAGAGAUGGAUAGCGUGCAGAACGAAAGGCCAGACUACGACCCUGGCAGGAAUCCUCCCCAGGACUAUACCACCAAUAAUUCAGCCCCAAAUGUCUACCAGUGCAGCCCCAACACACUCCACUGGAUUCUGCAACAGUGCAACUUAACCCAGAAUGGCUGCAGCCCACAGCAGCUGCCGUGGGCUCUGGAUGGAGGUUUAGAUCACAGUUCAGGCUAUCCAAACCAACAUAUUGGCCAAAAUAGCUACCCACAGCAGGGGAGCGAGAUGGCAAAUGGACCAGUGGAGGACUAUCACCAAUCAGUUGGCCAGUGGGUGACCCAAACUAUGGCAGAGACUCAAACCAUGCAAAAUGCUUAUGGCCCUUCUGCUGCCUCACUUCUACAGCAGCCCCUCCCAUCCAGCACAGUUCCUGGCACGAGUCAGCUUCUUAAUAACGCAGCGGAAGUCCUGUUUGAGGGGAGACCUCACCUCAAUAACCAUGCGGGUGUUCAAAGCACUUUCCUGAGUGAAGCGCCUGCAGGAAACGCAGUGAUCUAUCCAACACUGAAUGGCCUGGAAGAGAACAGUUAUCACCAGCUGGCAAAUCAGUGGGCAGCCCCAGCAGUGGUGGAGCAGAACGGGUUCACCCAGCCUGCUGCCCCUCUCCCAGAGCAGCAUCCUCCUCCCCACACAGCACCAUCGCGGAACAAUACAGAAACCAUUCCUCCCAAUAUGGACGUCACCAUCUAUUACCGAGGGAAGCCACUCCACGAGGUGCAGGUGGCCACCAGCAGCUUCCUGUUCACGUACAAUAAUGAAGACACCACCGUUGUCCCGGGCUGCACGCAGGUGGUGCAAUUCCCAAGCCCAGAUGAGCUGCCUGACCAGAAACAGGUUCAGUUCACUAGGCAGCUGCUCCUGAACACAGGGCUGCUGCUGGAGCAGAAGCACAAGAAGAUCUAUGCCAAGCGCCUGAAUAAAUGCAAGGUCUUCUGGGCCCUCUCCAGGCAACUGGUGAACAUGGCUCAGAAUCCUGAGCCCAAGCUGCUGCCACGUGGCACAGAGACGGAGAUCUUCGACUAUGAGGUGUUCUCAAAGGAGCUGAAGGAUUUUAAGGAACAUCAAAGGGCUGCAUCUCCCGACUUCACCAUCUACCUUUGCUUUGGGCAGUGCUUCUCCAAAUCCAAGCCCAAGGAGACCAUGUUAAUCCUGGUGAAGCUGGUGCCUAAGUUCUGUGAGUAUUUCCACGACAUGGUGCUGCGGGAGGGAGCCUCGUCCCUGAACAGCGGGAACGUGAGCCUCCAGCUGUCCAGCUGCUUCAACAGCUUGUAUGACCUCAUUGAGCAGUUCAACAUGCAGAUUGACUGAACCUUCUCCCCUCCCUAGGACCCGAUCUGCAUGUGCAUUGGCCAGUCCUUGCCUAGGUCUCUGCCUGACUGGCCUGCCUUUGAAAACACUUCUGCCUUUCCCUCACCCACUUGCAUCAGUUUGCUCCCAUCAGAAAACAUGCGGGUGAGAUGAUGGGUGGCCUUGUGGCUUAGCCACAUCACUGGGACUCAGUAAAGCUGGGUUCAAUCUCUGCUGUGCCACUGGCCUUCUUAGUGACCUUGGGCAAGUCACUGCAUCUGGGCCUCACUUUCCCCAUCUGUAAAAUGGGAAUAAUUCCUUACCUCACAGGGUUGUUGUGAGGAGAAAUGCAUGUGAAGUGCUCAGAUAUUAUGGCAAUAGCUCAGCCUUCCCCACUCUGGGCCACCAAUUGAAAAUAGAGAUUUUUUUUCCCCCAGCUGAAACAAACAGACUACCAGACACUGUGCUCUGAAGGUAGAAGCAAGAGAAUCUUCCUCUCUAUUUCAGGAUGUCAGCAAGAAAGUCAGGGCGUGGGGGAAGAGGAGGCAGGGAGGGGAAUACUCUUCUACAGCACUGCCAUGUAAUGAUCUUGUGGAGCUGGCUGGAUUUUAAGCUGGGUGAGGGUUUUUUUUUUUUUAAGAAAUGGGGAUGUUGACGCGGGGGAGGGGAGGAAUCCUUACCACCUGUUGCUGAAGUGAGCGAAGCAGGAACUCCUGGGGUGGAUUGUACAAUAGCCCUGGCCAGCUCUCCUGGGAUCACAGGGUUAGUACAAGGUGAGCUAAUCCGUGGGACAGAGGCUAAGGCCCAGCUCCUAACGUCCACUGAUUUGAAUGGAAGUUCAGAGCCUAAAUACUUGGGGAGCUGGGCUUUAAUCAGUUGAUCAACCAUUAUGGAAAAAUCUCCACCCAGGGCUAGGAACAGGGGAGGGGCCCCUAUAGAAGAGACAGACUCCACGUUCUCCCCAGGCUCUGUCCCUUUCAAGCGCUCGCCUGUCAGAGGUCUGUGAAAUGGAAGCACCCAUGGUCACAUCGAUCUGCGAGUGACUGCAGCUGUGUGCAAGGAGUGUACAGAAGGCUGAAGUAAGCAAGCUCUAGGAGGGCUGCUUUAAACAGCUGGCCCAUGCCUCAAGCCCUCCCCUUACCACAAUGCGAGGAGAGGGGAAAGAAGGAGAAUGAGUAACACCCUGAACAGUGUAGCAGAGGGGAGGCCCGGAAGCCACCACAGAGGCUGGUCCUGCUCCCAAUGGAAUUUUGCCAUUGACUUUCCUGGGAGCAGGAUCAGUCCUAUUCCAAAGUAGCUUGCGCCCCCAAAUGUGGCUGGCUAAUAAAUUAAAGUUUAUAGCUCAACCCUGUAUUUUAACCUCUCCACACUCUGCCUGAGGUCAGUCUGCAGGCCCAGCUGUGCUCAGGCCUUGUGCAUGUUGUAUGAGCCCAUGUGCCCUACAACUCCUUGUCAUCCUUGAGCACGGAGCUGCAUCUGCCCGAACCAAGUCACACCGACAACACCCCACAUCAUUCUUUGCCAGCUUCUUGCCCCAUAAAGCACAUUCACACAAGAGAAAUGCACUCCAUGUUGAUGUAGGAUAAUCCACCAUACCGCCUCCCUAUCCCUUUUUCUGUCCCGCUUCCCUCGGACACCACAGCACGCACGUGCUGGCUUGCAGUCAUCUGAUGAGCACACAGCAUAUAUAGGCACAGAUCCAUAAAGCUGGCACUUUCCUAACCAUACAUGCUCAGGGUAACCAGUUGUUUUAAUGGGCAUAGGCCAGCAAUUCUUAAACUAUGGUUCACGCUUUAUUUUUUUAACUGCAGCGUAGCCAAAAUCUCAAUUCAUUAAUUGCCUUUCAAACAGCUGCACAGGCACUAAGUACCGCCGGUGCUUUCCCCAUGUUAACAAUUGCGCUAGUUGCCACCAUGAUGUUGUGCAAUCAGAGCAACGAAGCUUGUGCAGCGGGAUGGGUCAUAAGACAUUAGGUCAUGACCAACACUGGAUCAGUAUGGGAAAGCCUACUGCUGUAGGCUACUGUUACGCAAGCAGUUUGGACUCUGACAGGAGACCUGUAUGAAACUGACAUCACACACUGGGCAUUAUUUUUUCCUCCAAAAGCAACUACAGAUGUUAGCUUUAGGACCCUUCCAUGUCUUAGCUUAGCUGUGUUAUUGCUAAGACACCUGAGUAUCACCAUGGUAUCUGAGCACUGAGCAUCUGUGGAAAGCAGCAAGAGGGAGAUGAUGAGUGUAUCUUCCUCUUUUUGCCACCCCACAAUUCUGAGCUGUCUAUAUUUAUUGUGUUAACGCGGUUCUGGGUAGUUUCAAUUAUAUUAAUUUUAAAUUUCUUGCAUUCCAUGAGCUUAGUAACUGAGGGUGAGUGAGGCAGUAAAUGAGUGCCAAUUCGCUUGGUCAUUGCAAUGUGUGCGUGUAUUACACACACACACGAAGGUUGGCAUCCACACCAGCAGCUCUGAUUGCUUCCUCCUUGUCCUUUAAAGGCUGCUUAGAUCUUUAUACAUGUCAUCCUGACUGAGCUGUGAGGAACAAAAAUGCAAGUGUCUCAAGGACUGACGGCUAAAAGUUUGAUUUAAAUAGAAAAAUGAAUAGACUCCAAGAAGUCUCAUCCUCUGCCCUUCCUUUGACCAGCCUAGGGCAUUUUAAGAAAAAGGGGUGGGGGGUAGAAAUCAGGGAAGCAGGUCUUCCCAAACCUAUGCACUGAUGGAGCCCAACAUGCCUUACAAAGGGUGAGUGAAAUCCUGGCCCUGCUGAAUCAAUGGGCGUCCUGCCAUUGACAUCAGAGGGGCCUGGAUUUCACCUGGUGUGUCUGGCAGAAUGUUAAGCACUAAUAUUAAAGUAUAAUUUAUAGAACAC